AGGAACAUAUUGGUACGAUCUGUGAAGAUGCAUCCGUGACUUGCAAAUACUGUAAGAAAGAUGUUUUGAGAAAAGACAUUGAAAGACACGAGAGACGCGAUUGCAAUGAGGCUCCAGCGACUUGUGAGUAUCAAGAUGUAGGAUGCAACCACGAUAAGGUAAUAGUUACUUGCUGUAUUUGUUGACACACGCAGAUUUUCUCCCGAUAAUUCUGUUUCAGUUCUUCCUAUUGUAACUUUGCCUUAUUAGAGCUAUCCAGUAUAAGCUUUUUCUACGCGUACUGUGAUUAUAGCAAUGGACAGUAAUGGAUGAGUAGUACAAAUAAAUAAGAUUUUCCUCAUUUAAACCACACCAAGGACCACUUGCGUAACAGACUAAAUUUUGAUCUAGACAAGUCGGGACAAAAAUUUCAUCACAGCUUGAAAGAGCAUCACAAACUGAGUAAUAUUCCAAAGUUUCGUUGCGAAAUGUUGUAAAAUGCGUAUAAUAUAGCCUUGCGAAGUUUGCCGUUUUUCAGUCAUUUUCUAUUACAAACGGGAAAUUGACAGCCCCAAAGGGUAUUAGGCUAUGUUAACUAGUCUCUCCGAUUGUGAAUAAAAACAAUAUAUUUACCAAAUGAAUAAAUGAUACCAAAAAAUAUAGCUAUAAAAGUCUACAUCGAGCCUUUGAGACGUCGAGAGCAUGCUCUCGACCCAGUCUUUUCUCUCGGCCAGAAACUGCAUUACUAAUUACACCCGUUUUCAAAAUUACGCGACCAAGGACGAAAAUGCUAGAGUUGACAUGUCAGUUUUAUGUCAUUCGGUCACGAAGUUUAAACUUUGAGUUUUGCGGUUCCUUGUCGAUGUAUAUGCUUUGUAUGCUUUAUAUAAACAGGCUUACAAUGAUUUUCAAGAUAUUUUAGUGAGAAUUAUUGCAGAAUUUAAGCACAAACAAAAUCAUAACAUCACCGUUAUAGUCUAGCGCGCGUGUUUUAUACUGACAGCUAAAUUCCAGGAUAAAUUGUUAUUUUUCAAACUUUAAAAGUUAUUCACGACACAUAUUUCUGUUGUGAUGGUUUGUAUUGUGCUUUAGUUUGUAUAUCUAAGUUAUCUAACUAAUAUUUGUUCAGUUUUGGUAUUAAAUACGGUUUAAAAUGUCUUUUGACAGUUUGUUUACGUUUGCUAUUUUUUGGAGUUUUUGUGACAUAAAACUGACAUUUGAAGUAAGAGUAUUUUUCAGGGAGGUCGCGUAAUUUUGAAAAUGGGUGUAAUUAUGUCAAAAAUUAACAAAACUAAAACAAUAAUAUGCUUCUCAACAUUCCCCCUCUCCACACUGAAGUCUAAUACCAACAGUGUGAACAAACAAUGUCCAACUUUAAUUAAAUGUCAAAAUAUUAACUAUCCGAUAUUACACUUCCAACGGAAUUAGUUUGUGUAUGGGCCUAAUAUAUGUCUUUUGGCCACAUUGUACUUUCGUGACUCUUGUAUGUCCGUCCUUCCCGGGAUAAACAUCAAUGAUCCGUCCUAGCGGCCAAUCUCCGCGCGAUAAACCUUGUUGCAUGACCAAGACCACAUCACCCACAUUUAAUCUCUGACUAUUUCCGACCACUUCGGUCUUACCGUCAACAAUGGUAAACAUUCCUUGAGCCAUCUCCCACCACAAUGGAUGUUUGGCUAGUUCCAACGGGCUUGUUCCUCUGGUACACAAAUCAGCUGGAUUUUCGUUUGUAGACACGUGCUGCCAUUGCGAUGGAUCGGAACCACUUCGUAUCUCCCCGACCCGAUUUGCCACGAAAGUACGAAAAUCUUUGCCACGACCACGUAUCCACCAUAAAACGUCAAUGCUAUCCGAGUAGAAGAUGACAUCUUACAUUGGUAGGUGUAAUACAGCGAUUACGGACUGUGUUAACCGCAAUCCUAGAACAGGGCCCAUUAGCUCCAACUUAGGUAUUGUCACUGGGGUGCACGUGAGUGGUGCCACUUUCGACUUUGAUGUGACUAACCGGAAAGUCACUUCAUUAUCCUCAUACUCGUGUCGAAUAUACACCGCACAACCAUAUGCUUCCUUUGAAGCAUCGACGAAGGUGGUAAUUCUCGUUGAAACUACUGGCUUCGCCGCUCGAAGGCAUCUCGGAACCUUCACAACACUCAACUGCUCCAAUUGGUCAAACCACUUUGCGAUUCUCUGAGCGAUUUCAUCUUUGAUUUCAUCGUCCCACUCGUAGCCUCGUGCCCAAAGUUCUUGGAGCAAGAUCUUGGCAACAACUAUGAAGGGGCUAACGAAGCCAAGGGGAUCGAAGAUUGUAGCGAUCUUUCGCAAGAUAUUUCUCUUUGUAAGUUGCAGUCGCGAUGCUUCGCAUGUUGACAUUUGGAAUUCGUCAUUCUUGCUAUCCCAGGCAAUUCCGAGGGUCUUCGUAGUUGGAUUCUGACCAUCAUUAAUGACAAUUUCGCUCGCUUGAUCUUCUAUCGGGAUUUCUGCAAGGACUUCUGGUGAAUUGGAAAUCCAUUUUCUAGCUUCCAUCUUUGCUUUGGCCCACAACUCUCUUAACUCAUGUUACAACUUGAUACCAGACUGUUCGUCUUCAACGCUGUCUAUGGAAUCAUCCAUAUAAGUGGAUUCCAGAACAGUCUCUGCUGCUAAAGGGUAAAGGUGUUGAUUACGUCGAGCAUUCUCUUGGGCUACGAAUUGGGCUUCCAUUGGUGCCGAGUUCUUUCCAAACACUACUCGACUAAACUCUUACUCAUCCGCUUCGCUGUCGGUAUCAAGGUUUCUCCACAAUAUGCGGAAGUAUGGACGAUUCUUCUCAUCAAUGCUUAUUUGAAGAUACAUCUCCCGGAUGUCGCAAACAAGGGCUAUUGGGUUCCGCCGAAAUCGUAGCAAGACAUCAAAAAGAUCUUUCUGCAGCUUUGGACCGGGGUGGAUGACGUCAUUCAGCGAGAUUCCUUCACAUUUCGCGGAACAGUCAAAUACAAUUCGGACUUUAGUUGAGGACUUAUCCAUUCUUAUGACUGGGAAAUGGGGUAGAUACCAUAGCCCCGGGGAUUCUUUCUUAUCAGGGUCAACUUUCCGGAGAUAUCCUUUCUGUAUAUAAGCCUCAAUGGUUUUCUGAUAUUCGUUAGCCACAAUGGGAUUCUUUCGCAGAUUUCUUUCGGUGGAGACCAGGCGAGAUUAUGCCAUCUGACGGUUGUUCGGCAACUCGGGUCGAUCACUUCGCCAAGGUACACCAACUUGGUAUCUCUCAUCCACUGUUUGCAACGAGCUCUCGACCUUUCCAAGGGCUAAUUUCUCAUCUUCGGUCACAUUCUCGUACCCAGAGCCCUUCUUACGCGCGGUGCGACGAGGGGCUCUGGCCAAAUCCAUAUUCCGAACGUUACAACACUCUGUCAAUCUGUUCUCCGGAUCUGUAGUUUUGGUAUGCAGUGUUCUCUCCAGAUGGGAUCUUGAAUGGUGGUUGGUAUCUUUAGCAGCGGACCCAAUACAUGUCCAACCGAGCGGGCCAAGACGAGCUACUGGCCUUGGAAAUCAACAAUGGAGAAGUGCAGAUCAGGGUUGUCCACACCAAUCAGUAAAUCAGCAAACCCAUCUUUAGCUGGCGUAGCAAAAUUGCAUUGGGAAAGAUGCGGCCAGUUUGACUGAUAUUGAUUCCAAUCCACCACUUGGUAGCUCCCUGUAACUGCUCUAGGACAGGUUUGAACAUUUAUGGUUUUAGUGAACUGGCGAUCAUCACUCUCUAAAUCGAUCUGCAGCGGCAUUGACCUGAAGGUUUCCACAGAAUCGUUUAACACUCGUACUUGUACAGUUUGCCAAGUAGUUCUCAAUCCAAGGAGGCCAGCAACUUCUUCAUUCAUGAAAGAUUCAUUUGAGGCGUCAUCUAACACUGCAUUCACUUUCAACUUUUCUCCAUUAGCUUUUACCCAAACUGGAACUGUUCUCAAAGACGUUGCCUCUGGUUGCAAUUUGGACCGUUUCGAUGUCAUAGUAAGAUUUGUUAAACUCUCUGCCCCCUCUCGUGAAGGGUCCGCCCUCUCGUCCGGAAGUAGAGGACCUGGUUUCCUGUUUUGGGCAGUGUCAUGAAGUAGUCGGUGAUGAGUGAGCUGACAUCCAUCAACACCACAUGGGCGAGUCCGUCUACAGUCCUUUCCACGAUGCUCAUUGGAUAAACAACGAAAACACAGAUACUUUUCUUUUGCAACUUUCCACUGUUCUCUGACUGUUUUCUGUUUAAAUUGGUUGCAAUUCCAUAUCCCAUGGUUACCCUGACCACAGAAAACACAGGGUGGCUUGGUUCUCUCUUCUCGUUUUUCUAUACGGUUCUGAAAGCGGUCGUCCACUUCUUUUCCAGUAAAGUAUGACCUUGGGUGACCUUCAUCAGAUUUUCCUCUGGAAUCGUCGCUCAGGUAACAGUUUCUCAUCCAACCCAUGAGCCAUUUCUUUCGCUUCAACCUUGAUUGCCACUUCUUCUUUUAACCAGUCACACAAACUAGUAACUGCAGGUUCUUUGUUAUGAACGUUUAAUCAACGACUGUAACACUCUAAGUGUCGAUCAUGUAACUUUCGUACGAGUUGACUGUGCAAUGUUCCUUCUUCAAGCUCUGCUUGUCGGUUUUCUGCUUUCAGCUUCACAACCGCCACUCUCACUAAAUCAGCAAACCUUUCAAAAUUGUCCACAUCAUUAUAACGCAAUGCUGGCAUACUAUCUAACUCAGCCAUAUAAGCUCUUAGUUGCCGAAGUUGCCCACCAAACUUUGUCUUAAGAAUUUCUUUUGCUUCUGUGUAUUCAGGUUCUGAUACCCCUAGACCUCGAAUUGCAUCAUGGGCUCGGCCGGUUAACCUUUGCUGUAAUCUUACCAUUUUGAGAUUGAUGGGUUCAUUUGAAGCAUCUACUAAACUCAGAAACAGGCUCCAAAAUUCUUCAACUUUGGCCUUGGUACCAUCAAAAACAGGAACGCGCAAAGCUUUAAGGUGACGAUUAAUUGCUGAAUUACCCCCUUGGGUAAUUUGGGGUGAAAUUGGGUAAGGAAGGGUCGUGGUCUGGGUACCAGGUGGAAUUGGGGGGUGGUAACUAGGGCUCUGAUAAGGAAGGGUCGUAGUCUGGGUACCAGGUGGAAUUGGGGUCUGGUAACUAGGGCUCGGGUCCUGGUGACUGUUCUCAGCACUCAUGUCAACUUCGAUUUCGUCAUUUUCUUUGGUUGCCAUACUAAAUAUCUGCUUUAAAAAACGGUUCUUUCGGUUGCCACGUCCUGGCAGGAUCGCCAAAUGUUAACUAGUCUCUCCGAUUGUGAAUAAAAACAAUAUAUUUACCAAAUGAAUAAAUGAUACCAAAAAAUAUAGCUAUAAAAGUCUACAUCGAGCCUUCGAGACGUCGAGAGCAUGCUCUCGACCCCGUCUUUUCUCUCGGCCGGAAACUGCAUUACUAAUUAAUUAUGUCAUAAAUUAACAAAACUGAAACAUUAAUAAUAUGCUUCUCAACAGGCUGUCAAUUUCCCGUUUUCCCACGGCAAACUUCGCAAGGUUAUAUUAUCCGCAUUUUACAACAUUUCGCAACGAAACUUUGGAAUAUCACUAAUUUUGUGAUGCUCUUUCAAGCUGUGAUGAAAUUUUUGUCUAGACUUGUUUAGAUCAAAAUUUAGUCUAUUACACAAGUGAUCAAUUGCCUCAGAACUCUUCUUCAUUAUUCUACUAGGAUGGCCCUUUAUACUGGACCUCUAGCCAGUCGACGUCUGUGGUUUAAAUAGUAUAAAGUUAUUUUAGGUUUCCUAAGGAAGAAAACCAAUCUAUUCAUAUUUGUGGUUGUGAUGUUUUGUAAAAAAGUUAAAAAGUGCAUUACAAAAUCUCGAAUUUUUAACUUCAUAACUUUGGUAAUAAUCCCUCUCAGAAAACAUGGAAAAUUAUACUGAGGCUUCGAAAUGCAAUUUUUUUGGAGGGCAUGCCCCCAUGCAGUCCCUUCCCUUAAAUAAGCGCACACUUAAUUUAAGUGGUUUAUGUCGGGAAAAAUUUUUUCGACCCUUUUUUUUGAAUGUCCGGAAAAUUUUUUUCAACUUCCGCCCCCCCUCCCCGCUCUCCAAGCAGACACCCCCCUAAUUAGAAGGGGCUAGUUUCGCCCCUGGGCAUUGCUUACUGGAACUGAAGGAGGAACAGUUUUCAACUAUCAAGUUUUAAUGAGGUUGGCAGUUAUAAGUAAUGAGAAAUUGUUUGAUUUGUUCAUGUAUCUGAUAGUUAAGAUUAAGUUUCAUACUUCGAUAAAAUACUGCACACACGUAAAAACUAAAAACGCACAAGUUCUUGCAGGUCUGCAAACAAGUUGCUGGAAAUCUGUUCACAAGUUGUCGACAAAUUGUGUUCGCACUCCUUGUUCCCAGUUGUUGUAACAAGUUUGGAACAAGCUGUUAGCAACUUGUAACAAGCUAGCUUGAUCGCAUUAUCAGACUUGUUACAGUCAUGAUAGUAAGAAGUAUGUUACAAGGUUGGCAGUAUUGUUAUAUCAUAGCUGUAUCCAGUGGCGUAGCUGGCUCAAAAUAAUCGUCCCGCCGAAGUUUCAAUACACCUCUAUUUAAACAGGAGUAUUUUGCCUUGGUAAAAUACAAAAAAAUUGUAAGGAGCCCCAUAGCCCGAUGCGCGUGCAAAACUUUGAACUUGAACCUCCGGUCAAAGCUCUCGCGUAAAAUUUAGAUAUUUUGAAAUACCGAAAUAAAAGAUGCAAAUCUGCAAUACAAGCUUGAACACAACACUCUAAAUAGUGUGUUAGAUUGUGGUUCGAACAAGACUAAUACCAAAAAGAAACGUUUAAAGUGGCCGAAGUUAUAUAAUUUCGGCGAAAGGUAUGGCUUAAUAAUAGUGAUACAUUGUUUACAUUGUUUACAUUGUUCGAGUAUAUAGGUAUAGUUAGUUUACACUGUCCGAGUAUGGAUAGUUUAUAAUUUAUGGCUAUUUUACAUUGUUCAAUUACAUAGUAUCUUUUUGGUGGUAUUUUCGUAUUUCUACUGCAAAUACUCGCGGAGUUCUUUAAUAUAUGGAAUUGACUUGACAACCUCCGCCUUUAUAAAAUAGCGGGACUCGGCAUUAAAAACAGCCGUUCUGAGCAUGCGCUGCACCAAUUAUCCAAUCAGAAACCAGAAUUUCUUCUAUAGGAUAGUAUUGCAUAUUCCGCCAUAUGAAAAUCAGCGGAACACGAGACAUGCGAUUAUACAAAUUGCGUGAGUAAGCAAUCAAUUGCGUGGAAAUUAGCUAAUUUUGGGUUUCGGAGGUCAAAGAGCAGACAGCAACAUUGCGUAAACUUUAAAGAAAUAAAUGAAAGCACUGAAAUAUUUAUAAAUUUUCAGAAUAAGAACAGCUGUGAAUUCGGCUUCACUAUAAAACAUUUCCUCACUUUUUUUUGAAAUUUCUAGUCCCGCCCGGCGGGACAGCGGGACCGCUAGCUACGCCACUGGCUGUAUCGGACCUGUUGGAACAACCUUGCAACAACAAACAAAUCCAAUAAUAUCAACAAUGUUGUUACAAGUUGUUCCAUACAACAUGACAACUUGGGACAACUAGUAGGAGCACAACUUGUUGACAGCCUGUUGGCAGACGUGCUACAAGAUGUGAGCUUUUUACGAGUGUAGAUAAGCAAAUGUUCAACUGCUUAACUUACAAACGCUCAACUUCCCAAUAGUCUUCUAUAAGUUAUUAUUUGCCAUUCAUUUUUUAUACGAUUUGUAGACUUUGAAGCGAAAGGAACUGCGCCAACAUUUGAAUGAUGGAUUGAUAAAUCAUGGUGGUCAACUACUGCAGUAUACUCUUGCCGUUGCUUCUCAACUAAACGACUUCAUCCCACGCCCAGAAUAUACAGGGAUGUUGCAGAAAAUCCGAGACGACAUUACUGAGGUUCGCUCUGGCUUAGCUGAGAAAUUCGACAUGGUUGUCGGGAAGUUGACUGGCUUGGAAAGACGGAUUGAAAGCUUGGAAUCCAGUGGUGGUGGUGAUACAAGGAUUAGAAAUGAAGUGCAUGAACUACAAAGUAAAACUAGAGACCUUAAUACUGAAUGCGGCAACUUACGUGAACGGAAUAUGAGUUUAGAACGAGAAGUGAGAGACAAGGUGUCAAUUAUUGAUCGUUUGCGAAGUAGGAUGGAUCAAGCGGAUGAAUCGCUUGCUCUGAAUACAGUCAAAAUUACCGAUUUGGAGUCCCGAAGAGGUCCGCGUGCACAACAAGCUAUCCACAGUUAUAACGGCACUUUACUGUGGAAGAUGGAAGGCUAUGAGAGAAAACGACAAGAUGCUAUUAAUGGGGUGAAGACGGCCUUGUACAGUCCACCUUUCUACAGCGCUCAGUAUGGUUACAAGAUGUGUGCUAAAAUAUAUAUGAAUGGAGAUGGUUUCGGAAAAGGAUCGCAUUUGUCGUUGUUUUUUGUUGUGAUGAGAGGCGACUACGAUGCUCUUCAAACCUGGCCAUUUCAAAAGAAGAUUACGAUGAUGCUGUUGGAUCAAGGCAAUGGAGAUCACAUGAUUGAUGCGUUUAAUUCAGAUCCUCAAAGUUCAUCUUUUCAACGUCCCAAGUCUGAUAUGAAUAUCGCUUCGGGUUCCCCGCUCUUUAUGCCACUGGAUAGCUUGAGUAAUCGUCAAUAUAUCAAGGAUGAUGUCAUGUUUGUGAAAAUCAUUGUCGACUGAAC